GGCAGCGAGCCAGUCAGCAGCAGGUAAACAAACCAAUCUGACAGAGAGAGAAAGCGUCUGCGCUCCUAUGCCUUGUUGCGUUUUUAACAAUGAAAAUGUUGACCACAGAAAUUGAUAUGAUUUUUUCUUGACAGUGGUUCAUCAAAUGUAAAAAAGCAGGAUUGAUCUGCGACUUUAAGUGGAACACCAAAGCUGUAGUUCGUGUCUUAAACCUGCGGCAGACGAGGAGAGGCUGGUGUCUUCGCAUGAUGCAUUGCAGCACCUCGGCGAAAAUGGGUGAUUUUAGCCUUAUUCUCAGACCAGGCUGUCUGAUUAGAGAUGUCGGCUGGCUUCUUUAGCCACGGUGUAAGAUUAGAUCCGUGCUGGACUCCAAACGCAGCGUCCCAUGUGGUGCAACAUGGGCCCCAUCAUGCAGGAGCGCACGGCUUCCACUACACUGAAGCGCGUCGUUUCCAAGGAGAAGAUACGAGUAAAGAAUACGGAGAACAACGGCUCAUUUAGCAGCUCAAAGAAAUGUAACAAGACCACGAAGGCUGUGAGCCAAAUGAAAAAUGGUCUCCCAGGACCAGAUCAGGAUAAGGACAAAACACUCUCACAAAGGGGUGCUCCGUCUAAAAGUGGCAGGAUGAAGUCUAGUGCUUCACAGAACGCCAGCAAGGUCUCAAGUCCUGAUGAAGAUGGAUAUUCAAGACCUCAACUUCGCAAACAGUCAUCUGCACACAUGAAAGAGGAAAAGCGAGAAAAUCGACGACUGUCGCCUUGCGGUACUGAGCUCCUACCAAAUCGUCAAGGGAUGGGAAAAAGUCGUCGAGCCCUCUCUCUGCCCAUUUCUCCUAUAUCCGGACUACGCCACUCUCCGUCCAACCCCCUAUCACACUCCCCUGCUCCAACCCCAGAAGCACUACAGCAGCAAUACAACCAAAAAGAAGAAGACUCUGACAGUGCCAGUGAUCUGUCAGAUUCGGAGCGACUGCCUGUACUGCCCUCGCCAUGUACACCAUGCACCCCUCCCCACCUCAAUCUUCGGGCAGAGAUCAUUAACACAGAGGACUUCCUCCCAGACUUGCCCGGGCCACAUGGGACGGUUGGGGAUGAAGUUGAGAGUGAGAAACCCACCUACAAUUACUCAGAUUUCUUGCCUCCUCCGUUUAACUGCUGGAGCCUGAGGCAGCUGGCGGUGUUCCUUCACACAGAUGGUCGUGGCGCCCCCCGGCCCAAACCUGUGGGGCCGUUAGAAAAGUACUUGGAAAGGCUGCUGCAGCUAGAGUGGCUUCAAAUCCAAACGGUGCAAGCAGAGAGCAGCCGCCCCCCAGGGGGUCGCACAAGGCCGCAGAGUUUCCCCUCUUUCGCGGCCGCGCCCUCUGCCAGGCCUCACACAGCCCCUUCUUCCCGACUCAACUCCCCCAAAGGGCUACGGCAAAGUUCUCGAGCCUUCCCAUACACACCUGUCAGCAACCUGCCGUCACCUGCCUCAGCUCAACAUCAGCUCUCCCGAUUCCCAGUUUGUCCACACUGUCACAUCCGCUACCCACUCUGCAAUGGGAGUUGCUCUGCCUACGCCUAUCAGCGCCACUCACGGCUCAGUCCAUUGCUUGAGCGCAGGGGACAACCAGGAGGUGCAGCUAAGAGAAGCAGCAGCGAGACUCGGGCCGCCUCCAAUGAAGGUAGGAGCCCUGGGGCGCAAGGUGGAGGAGCCCGAACGCCAGUCAGCCCCCCAGCUGGGAGGAGUCAUCUCAGGCACAUGCAGGCUGCAGGCAAUGCCCGGAAGCAACAACAGGAAGCCAGCACUGACCAAAGGGGCAAAGGGCAGGUGAGAAAAAGCCGCGUCAGGGCCAACUCUGAGACGGAUGUGAAAAAGGAGCCAGGCGGGGUUAAAGGUGGAGCUGCUGAGAAACGGGGACAUGCUGGAAGCAAGAGGGAGCUCAUCUCCUCCAAGAGAGAUGAGAGGGACUGCCAGAGGGGAGAGGCGGGAAAUCAGGCCUCUAAAACUGCCACGAAAAGAGCUGCUAAAGAUCCAUCAAGUCUCUCUAAAACUCCACCUAGCAGCCACAGCAUUCCUAAAAAUGGAAAAACAAAAAAUGUGCACUUUGUUGCUAAGUAACCCAUUUAAGCCUGAAAUAUAGUGCUUUAGUUAGUGGUUACUUGGUGAUUUCAAAACCUAUGCUUGCUCUGUGUAAAAUCUGUGUAAAACUAUCAUGCUCUAGCUCCUAUACAGCAAGAUAAACAGCCUAUAAUAAACGGUAGACAUGGUCCAUCAUUCAGAAACUAGUAGAUGAAUAGGAUAAUAUAGGUGCAUCCUGAUCUUAAAAUUUUCAAAAACCCACAAAAGUAUAUUCUGUAGAUCAAUACCACAAAUAUAUAAACACAUAUAUUCCUGUGUCUGAUGGGGUUUUAAGGAAGCCCAGUCUCUUUACUAGCAGCCUUCAGCUCAUCUGCUUUAAUUGAUGUGCUUUGGGCAACUUUUACAUUUUUUCCUCCUGAUUAGUUUUCCAAAGACAGCACUCUCUAAACAGCCAGCUUUGUUAGCAGUUACCUCUUGUGGCUUCCCUGCCCUGUGAAGGUGCUCCAUGACUCUCGGCUGGACAUCUGUCCAGUAAGUGAACUUUCCCAUAGUUGUGUAGUCCAAAUCUAUGCUCACAUUUCUUUAAAAAAAUACACAUAUACCUGCAAUAUUCAGGUAUUAUAGGAAACUACAUUUGAGCUGUUGUUAACUGUAGGGUAGAAUCAUCAAAAAAGAAAAGCUUGAAAUAUUUUACAUUGUCUUAAAUCGAUAUGAUUUUCACUUAUUUGAUCAAUUUACUUAAAUAAAAAAAAAAGCUUUUCAAUGAUAUUCUAAUUUAUUCAGACCAAAUCCUUUUGGUGGCAUUUAUUUCAAAUGUAGAAUAAUAUGCUUAAUGUUGAAUUCUG